AGAGAAUCACUCGUAUACGAGUAUAGUACAACCAAUAAACAGUCCCAUUCUUCCAAAACUUAGUAUUAUACAAGUCAAUCUCCUCUCUCAAUUCCAUUUUAGAAAGAAUGGCGGACACACUCGCUGCUCUAAGGUCCUUAAUGUCCUUUCACUCUCCUCCCCUCCAUGCUUUAAUUGUUCCUUCCGAAGAUUAUCAUCAGAGCGAAUAUGUAUCGGCACGGGACAAAAGGCGCGCAUUUGUCUCUGGAUUCACCGGAACUGCUGGUUUGGCCCUUAUAACCAUGAAAGAAGCACUUCUGUGGACCGAUGGGCGGUACUUCUUACAGGCAACUCAGCAGCUUAGUGACCAGUGGAAGCUCAUGCGUAUGGGAGAAGACCCUGCUGUUGAUAUCUGGAUGGCCGAUAAUUUGCCAAAGGAUGCAGCCAUUGGUGUUGAUACAUGGUGUGUAUCAGUAGAUGCUGCGCGGAAAUGGGAGAGUGCUUUUGCUAAGAAACAACAAAAGUUGGUCCAAACGACUACGAACUUGGUUGAUGAAGUUUGGAAAAAUCGGCCACCUGCCCAAGCAAAUCCUGUAAUUGUGCAUCCAUUGCAAUUUGCUGGUCAGUCUGUUGCAGAUAAAUUGAAAGCAUUGAGCAAAGAGCUUGUACAGGGAAAGGCUCGUGCUAUGAUUAUAACAGCACUUGAUGAAGUUGCAUGGUUAUAUAAUGUCCGUGGCAGUGAUGUAUCUUAUUGCCCAGUUGUUCAUGCAUUUGCGAUUGUGACAAUAGAUUCAGCCUUCUUAUAUGUGGAUAAGCAGAAAUUGUCUCCUGAGGCAAACUCUUACAUGGAAGAAAAUGGAAUAAUAGUGCGCGAUUAUGGUGAUGUUAGCUCAGAUGUGGACCUCCUUGCAUCUAAUCAACUCACUUCUUCCCCCUCAACCAAGGGAUUUGAAGGGAACCCAAAGACUGAUGUUGGAAAUGCCUCUAAUAUAGGAAAUUGUGACCUCAUUUGGGUUGAUCCUGGAGCAUGUUGCUUCGCUUUAUAUUCAAAACUGAGUGCUGAUAAAGUUCUCCUUCAGCAAUCACCUUUGGCCGUUGCAAAAGCUCUGAAGAACCCUGUUGAGAUAAAAGGACUGAAAAAGGCCCAUAUUAGGGAUGGGGCAGCUGUUGUGCAAUAUCUUGUCUGGCUUGAUAAGCAGAUGCAGGAAAUUUAUGGGGCAUCCGGUUAUUUCAUGGAGGCUGUAAGUACCGAACAGAAGAAACAAUUGGGUACUAGAAGGCUGACAGAAGUAUCUGUGAGUGAUAAGCUGGAGGAGUUCCGUGCAUCAAUGGAGCAUUUUAGAGGACUAAGUUUCCCAACUACCUCUUCUGUUGGUUCAAAUGCGGCCAUUAUCCACUAUAAACCCGAGGCAGAAACAUGUGCUGAACUCAAUCCAGAUUGCAUUUACCUAUUUGAUUCUGGUGCACAGUAUCUGGAUGGAACAACUGAUAUUACACGGACUGUUCAUUUUGGAAAACCUACUCCACACGAGAAAUCUAGUUACACGGCGGUUCUUAAAGGACAUAUAUCUCUGGGAAAUGCCAGGUUUCCCAAUGGAACCAACGGGCAUGCUCUUGACAUUCUUGCUCGAAUUCCUUUGUGGAAAGAUGGUCUUGACUAUAGGCAUGGUACUGGACACGGGAUCGGGUCUUACUUAAAUGUCCAUGAAGGACCUCAUCAAAUUAGUUUCAGACCAUCUGCACGGAAUGUGCCGCUACAAGUUUCAAUGACUGUAACAGAUGAACCUGGUUACUAUGAAGAUGGGAAUUUUGGUAUAAGAAUAGAGAAUGUUCUUAUUGUCAAGGAGGGCAAUACGAAGUUCAACUUCGGCGAUAAAGGCUACUUAUCAUUUGAGCAUAUAACUUGGGCACCGUACCAGAGGAAACUAAUCGAUGUGACCCUUCUGGUGCCUGAAGAGAUUGAAUGGUUGAAUGAAUACCAUGUGAAAUGUAGGGAUAUUCUUGCUCCUUACAUGAAUACAUCUGAGAUGGAAUGGCUGAAGAAGGCUACCGAACCCAUUGCAGCUUGACAUGCCCCUUUCUUAGAGGAUUGGAGUUAAGGUUAAUCAAUUAGCCCUUUGUCAAAUGUAGUUAAAUCAUGUAGUGCGCUAAUACAGCAAAUGUGUGCCUUGUGGAGAUAGAUUUAUCUUCCAACGAUUUCACAAAGGGGGUCAGCACAUGACAGAUUUGUGCACUUCAAGGAGAUGCGAUGAGUUUAUGCUACAUUCUGUUUUCUUCUGUUAAA